CAAUGCGUAAUAAAAAAUUGGCAGUGGCUUUAUCAGCCCUCGGCCUUCUGCUUGUGGAAGAAGAAAAGAGGAGGCGGAGGCAAAAAAUAAGAAGAAACCGCACCACAUGGGUGAAAUCAUGGAUACAACAGCGACAGGCUCCAGGAGUUUACCCGGACCUGUGUCGAGAGCUGGACAUGAAUGAAACCAACCAUUUCAAAGAUUUCGCUCGGCUUUUCCCUGCUCAGUUCCACUUGUGGAGGAACUUAUCAGGCCAAUCAUCCAGAGGAAAAAUACCAACUACAGGGAUUGUAUCUCCGUGGGGGAACGUUUGACGAUUACACUGAGCUUCUUGGCAACAGGGGAAAGCUUCAGGAGCCUUUCUCACCAGUUCCGAAUGGGAGUAUCAACGAUCCGGCAAUUCGUUCCUGAAACCUGUGCAGCAAUACACCAGGUUUUAAAAGAGAAAUACCUGAAGUGUCCAGACACAGUGGAAGAGUGGCAGCAAGUAGCCGAUGGAUUCCAGGCUCAGUGGAACUUCCCAAACUGCCUCGGUGCUCUGGAUGGGAAACAUGUAAACGUUCGCCCCCCACCAGGAACUGAAUCCGAUACAUUUUCCAUGGUCCUGAUGGCACUGGUCGACAGCAGUUACAGGUUCCUGUACGUGGAUGUUGGUUGCAAUGGGCGGAUUUCAGAUGGCGGAGUGUUUGGAGGAUGCACACUGCAGGAUGCCCUGGAGAAUAGAACAUCCAACAUCCCUGCCCCUGCACCGCUUCCUGGUUCUUACCAGCUGGCUCCUUGUUGCGUUGUGGCAGAUGAGGCAUUUCCUUUGAAGGAGUACAUCAUGAAACCAUAUCCAAACCACAGGCUAUCUGAAGAGCAGCGCAUCUUCAAUUACAGGCUGUCACGAGCUCGAAAGGUGGUAGAAAAUGCUUUUGGCAUCCUAGCCAACCGUUUUCGAGUCUUUCAAACCACCAUUAACAUUCAAGACACUGCCAAAGUGGAGGACAUUGUUUUGUCUUGCUGUGCUCUACACAACUUCCUGCGGACCGAGAGCCGUGACCUAUACAUGGCGGGAAUUGUUGACCAGGAAGGACCAGAUCAUGACACUGUCCCAGGAAGAUGGAGAGAAGACCCUGAGCUACGGCAAGCCUCCCUGCCACACACAACCAAUGCUACAACCAGAGCCGAGCAACACAGGGAUGAACUAUGCCGUUACUUCAUCUCUGAUGCUGGUGCGGUGCAUUUUCAGUGGGGCAAAAUAUAGUAAAUUAUGAGGGAAAAACCUUUCAUACAUGUCAGAAGUAUGGAUGUGUGAUGUAAAUAGUGUAUAUACAGUAUUUGUUUUCUGGAUCUUUUAUUUUGGCUUGAUGUUAAUUACUCGUUCAUUGUGCCUUACUGUGGAUUCAUGUUUCUUUGGCAUGUAUGCAUGUGGUGUCUGAAUAU